GAUUCUUGACAAUUCAAUCCAAAACAAAAAGAAAAAAAAAACUCAUUUUCUCUGUAUUAACAAUGUACGGCCAGGGAGAGAUCAUGGCGGCAGCGGAAUCCGAUUAUGCUUUGUUGGAGUCGAUACGACGUCACUUGCUAGGAGGAGAGAACGAGUUUCGACUCAGCGAGUCAAUACCGAGUUCUUGUUUCACAGAGAGUUGGGGAGAUUUGCCAUUGAAAGAGAACGAUUCCGAGGAUAUGUUAGUCUACGGAGUCCUCAAAGACGCAUUCGACGGAACCUUUGACACGUCAUCGCCGUCGUCGGACUUGAGCUGUCUCAGCGACUUUUUAGACUUAGAACCGUCGUCGUCGAAGCGCCAGACUAAUCCGUCUCUGAACGAUUUUCCGGCGGUUAAACUCGAACUGUCGGAGAAUCUCGCGGCGGUUGCGGAGAAACCGAAGCUCGCCGUGUCUGCGGCGCCGCCGGCGAAGGGGAAGCAUUACAGAGGAGUGAGGCAGAGGCCGUGGGGGAAAUUCGCGGCGGAGAUUCGUGAUCCGGCGAAGAACGGAGCGAGGGUUUGGUUAGGGACGUUUGAGACGGCGGAAGAUGCGGCUUUGGCUUACGAUAGAGCUGCUUUUAGGAUGCGUGGUUCCCGCGCUUUGUUGAAUUUUCCGUUGAGAGUUAAUUCCGGUGAACCGGACCCGGUUCGAAUCACGUCGAAGAGAUCUUAUGCUUCUUCUUCGUCGUCGUCGUCUUCGUCUGAAAACGGACAGACGAAACGGAGGAGGAAGACAGAGAACCUGCCGUCGGAGUUGCAGGUCAAGUGUGAGGUUGCCUAAGAAACGGAGGAGGAAGACAGACACGUGUCGAUCAUUUAUUUGUUUAUUUCAUAGGGUUUGAAUGUGUGUUUUGUAGUUGAAAAAUGUUGAGGCAGAAAGUAAAGCGCUCCUUAUGUAAAUUAUUAUUUUAUAAUAGAAUGAAGAGUUUCAUUUGUUUUUUA